AUGUCAGUUGAGUCUGAGUUGUGGUGUAAACUGAAUUCUCCCUUGGACGAUGGCGUUGCAGAGCGGAACAGUUGUGAGUGGGAAGCAACCGGGAGUUCAUCGGACGAGGGUGCAAAGCAAAGCCAGCUCCAGAUGCAACUGGAGGAUUUCAAGGGGAAAAUCCAACUACUACAUAAUGAGAAUGAAAAACUGGCGCAGGAUCUGGAGACCCUUAAGGAACAGUUAAAGGAGGAGCAGGGCGAACACUGUGAAAGGGAGGCAGCACUGCAAAAGGACACUGAAAAACUGGCGCAGGAUCUGGAGACCCUUAAGGAACAGUUAAAGGAGGAGCAGGACGAACACUGUGAUGGGGAAACGUCACUGCAAGAGUUGAGUGAAUGA